UACGCCAUCAUCCUCAUGGCUCUGUUCUGGUGCACAGAGUGCAUGCCUCUGGCUGUGACCGCCCUGCUGCCAGUCGUCCUCUUUCCUAUGAUGGGCAUCAUGACGGCUGGAGAGGUCAGUGUUGAAUACCUGAAAGACUCUAACAUGCUGUUCAUUGGCGGCCUGCUGGUGGCCAUUGCAGUGGAGCAGUCGAACCUCCAUAAGCGCAUCGCCCUGAGAGUUCUGCUGGUGGUUGGCGCUCGUCCGGCCCUGUUGAUGAUGGGCUUCAUGAUCGUCUCGUCCUUCCUCUCCAUGUGGAUCAGCAACACGGCCACCACGGCCAUGAUGCUGCCCAUCGCCGAAGCUAUUCUGCAGCAGCUGAAAGCCAUCGAGAUCCAGGCGGAUGAGCGAGAUUUUCCUGUUGCGGCUGAAGAAAACCAGGGGUUUGAGUUGGAGCCCAGACCCACUAAGCAAGAAAUAAGCAACGACAAACAGCCAGACACCAACACUCAGCAGGAGAACGGAGUGUGUAAAACUGAGGUGAGUCCAGAGUCUGGUCAGGAGACGAGGAAACAAGCGAUGGAGGACAGGUACCUACUCCUGACCAAGGGGAUGAGUCUGAGCGUGUGUUACUCUGCCAGCAUCGGAGGCACGGCCACGCUCACCGGCUCCACCACCAACAUCAUCCUCAAGGGCCAAGUCGACAAGAUGUUUCCUGAAAAUGGUGACGUGAUCAACUUCGCCAGCUGGUUCGCCUUCUCUUUCCCCAACAUGGUCCUCAUGCUUGUGUUUUCCUGGAUCUGGCUUCAGUUCAUGUUCCUGGGCUUCAACCUGAAGCAGUCAUUUGGCUGUGGCAUGAAGAGCGGCAGAGAUCAGGAGGCGCGCGAGGUGAUGAGGGAGGAGUACCUCAAGCUGGGCCGCAUUAGGUUUGCUGAGGUGGCGGUGCUCGUCAUCUUCAUCACGCUGGUGCUCCUGUGGUUCACCAGGGAGCCGGGCUUCAUUGAUGGCUGGGCCACGGUGCUCUUCAACCAGGAGAAGGCGUUUGUGUCGGAUGGAACCAUCGCCAUCUUAAUGUCGAUGCUUUUCUUCGUCAUCCCCUCCCAGCUGCCCAGGUUCGGAGGCUACGGUUACGAUGAAGCAGGUAAGAUGAUUAAUUCCCCCCCCAAUCUGCUGAGCUGGCAGAACGUCCAUGAGCGAAUGCCCUGGAACAUCAUCCUGCUGCUGGGAGGAGGCUUUGCUCUGGCGGCCGGCAGUGAGAGAUCCGGUCUGUCCACGUUGUUGGGAGAAAGCCUGUCCCCUCUGGAGAAGAUUCCCCCCUUCGCCAUCUCCCUGCUGCUCUCCCUGCUGGUGGCCACAUUCACAGAGUGCGCCAGCAACACUGCCACCACCACCCUGUUCCUGCCAAUCCUGGGCUCAAUGGCCGUAGCGAUAAAGUUACACCCGCUGUACGUGAUGCUGCCCUGCACCCUCGCUGCCAAUCUGGCCUUCAUGCUGCCGGUGGCCACACCACCCAAUGCCGUGGCCUUCUCCUUUGGAGGACUCAGAGUCAUCGACAUGGUGAAAGCUGGCUUCAUGCUGAACAUCUUAGGGAUUUUGACCAUAAACCUGGGGAUCAACACCUGGGGAUACGCCAUGUUUGACUUGGGCACCAUCCCCGCUUGGGUCAACGUUACACAGGGCCAACCCUGAGGGACAACGGACACAAUGGAGGACAGGAUCGUUUUUUUAAGUUUCAUGAGGUCUUUCAUAAAAUAUCUAUGAUCAGAUAAGCAACAUAAUGCAAAAAAAUGAAAUUGUAUAUAUUUCUUAAACCAGAUAUUAGUAGUCUAAAGAUCUCAGGAAUACAUUUCCUGAAUUAAAUGGUAAAUGUUUGUUAUUUAUAUGGAGCUUUCCCAGUAUUGAUGACCACUCAAGGCGCUUCAAAGCACAGUUUUAACCAGCCACCCAUCAGGGGGGAAUUUGGGGUUUAUUAUCUUGCCCAAGGACACUCUGGCAUGAAGAAUGAGGGAGACUGAGAUCGAACCGACAACCCUCUGGUUAAUGGACGACCCGCUCUUUCUCCUGAACCAAAGGUGCCCCAGUAAAAUAACCUAAAGUUUGCUCAAAGAAAUGAAAGUUUUCAGGACUUAAUCUUAGGAGCUGUAGCUGAAAGGUUGAUUCUUUUAAAUCAUGGCAAAGAAGAUAAAAGUAAACUUGCUGAAGAAAGUUAAAAGAUGAAAUUUAUAUAUAAAUAUUACCAUUUAGACCCAGCUCCCCUUAUCCGUGGCGUUCUGCUGACACGUCACCCCGACACGUUUCCUUGACACUUUCUCCUCUGACGGGGACGUGAUCUCAUCGACGUGUUCAUCAUUGACAGAUCAUGUGAAGCUGCAGUAAACUGUUUGUGUGACUGGUUGUUUACCAUAGCGUGGCCGUGCUGUGUUCACAGGCAUCACGUCAAUGAGCUAAAACUGAAUUGUAUCAGUUGAUUUAAAUCAAUACU